UGAUUGGCCAAUUUAUCCAUUCAUUAAAUGAUUAGAAAAUUGGAGUUAACUUUAGCUGUGCUUAAACCCGAUAUUCUUUCCAAACGUUAUGUUAAAGAGGAAAUUAAGAAAAUUAUUUUAAAAAAUAAUUUCUAUUUUAUAAAAUCAAAAACCUUUAAACCAACAAGAGAUUCAAUGGAAAAAUUUUAUUCAAUGCACAAGGAAAAAGAUUUUUACCCACGAUUAAUAGAUUACAUGGCUAGUGCUCCAAUAUCUUCCUAUAUAUUAGCAAGAGAAAAUGCCAUAGUUAAAUGGAGAGAACUUAUCGGUCCAACCAAACAUGAUAAAGCUAUAUAUGAAGCCCCUACAUCAAUUAGGGGAAGAUAUGGAAUAUCUGACACAAGAAAUGCUGUUCAUGGUUCAGAUUCUUUAGAAUCAGCUUUAACUGAAAUUAAAUUCAUGUUUCCUGAAUUUCACCCUGAAAUGUGGUUUAAGAUGGAAGAACCAUUAUUUAGAAAAGGUCAAGACAUAUUAUAUGAUUCAGAACUCGAAGUUCAUUAUUUAAAUAAGUCUAGUCAUUAUAUGUCAACAAGCAUUAUUCGACCUUCAAAUCAAUGAAAAAUUCACCUGAUAUUUUAAAUCUAUUUUCACGAUUUAUAUAUAUAUAUAUUUAUGAAUAAAUAAAAUUAAUACUUAAAAUUUCCAAACAAAUAAUUUUGAAUUUAUUAAAUUAUAAAAAAAAUUAUCAAGAUUUAAAAAAAUAUCAUAAUACUUAUAAAAUUAUGUUAUUUUUAGCAAAUAGCACUAUUGUAUAUUUACAUAAAUACUCAAGAUUAUUAUUAUUUUAUAUUUUUAACUCAUAAUUGUCCUCCUUAUAACAGUAUUUUUUUUCCAUAAAAUUUUUAUAUUGAUAAAAAAAUUUCAACAAUUCUUUUGAAUUAACUUUAAUAUAUUCAAUCCAAAUUCAUUAUUCAUGCUCAAAAAUUUAUAUAUAAAAUUACUAAAACAAUUUUUUUUAAAAUUAUAAAAUAGAGUUUGACAAUAUUGUAUAAUAGCAUAGUAAUUACAAAAUUAUAACAUUAUUUUUUCUGAAUUAAUUGAUAAUUUUAUAUCAUAACAUUUUUGUAAAUAAUGAAUAUCAAUAAAC